CCAAGCCCGAGGCCCCGCCUUUUUACGUGCUCUGGGCUCGUCUGCCGUGAGGGCCAGGUGCUGCGGCGGAGUGGUCCUCGCAGGCGUCCGGAGCCGGCCGCUACCCUGCGUGGCCUGCAGCCUGACUGUGCCCCGGACCGCGACAGAGCGGCGCGCGCCGGGCGGGGGAGGCGUGGCCGGAGCCGGGGUGCCCGUGGGGCCGGGACUGCUCGGCCGCCUCUUGCCCGGCGGGCGGCGCGGAGCCGGGCCCAGACCAUGUCGCCUGAAGAGUGGACUUAUCUAGUGGUUCUUCUUAUCUCCAUCCCCAUCGGCUUCGUCUUCAAGAAAGCUGGACCUGGGCUGAAGAGAUGGGGGGCAGCAGCUGUGGGCCUGGGGCUUACCUUGUUCACCUGUGGCCCCCACACUUUGCAUUCUCUGAUCACCAUCCUUGGGACCUGGGCCCUCAUCCAAGCCCAGCCCUGCUCCUGCCACGCCCUCGCCCUCGCCUGGACCUUCUCCUACCUCCUGUUCUUCCGCGCACUCAGCCUGCUGGGCCUGCCCACUCCCACGCCCUUCACCAAUGCCGUCCAGCUGCUGCUCACGCUGAAGCUGGUGAGUCUGGCCAGUGAAGUUCAGGACCUGCAUUUGGCCCAGAGGAAGGAAAUGGCCUCCGGCUUCAGCAAGGGGCCCAGCCUGGGGCUCCUGCCCGACGUUCCCUCCCUGAUGGAGACGCUCAGCUACAGCUACUGCUACGUGGGAAUCAUGACAGGCCCGUUCUUCCGCUACCGCACGUACCUGGACUGGCUGGAACAGCCGUUCCCGGGGGCCGUGCCCAGCCUGCGGCCCCUCCUGCGCCGAGCCUGGCCGGCCCCGCUCUUCGGGCUGCUCUUCCUGCUGUCCUCGCACCUUUUCCCGCUGGAGGCUGUGCGUGAGGACGCCUUCUACGCCCGCCCGCUGCCCGCCCGCCUCUUCUACAUGGUCCCCGUCUUCUUCGCCUUCCGCAUGCGCUUCUACGUGGCCUGGAUUGCCGCCGAGUGCGGCUGCAUUGCUGCCGGCUUCGGGGCCUACCCCGUGGCCGCCAAAGCCCGGGCCGGGGGCGGCCCCACCCUCCAAUGCCCACCCCCCAGCAGUCCGGAGAAGGCGGCUUCCCUGGAGUACGACUAUGAGACCAUCCGCAACAUCGACUGCUACGGCACGGACUUCUGCGUGCGGGUGCGGGAUGGCAUGCGGUACUGGAACAUGACGGUGCAGUGGUGGCUGGCGCAGUACAUCUACAAGAGCGCGCCCGCCCGCUCCUAUGUGCUCAGAAGCAGUGUACUGAAUCCUAUGGACUCUGGCCAGACUUUGGAACCUGAGCCCUGCCAGCUGCAGAGAAACCGUAAUGAGUUAGCUGCCCUGUGUUUCCUCCACUCUUGAAUGGGGUAAUGCUGUUACCUGCUCCAUAGUUUGAUGUGAGGACGUGUCCUCACUGUGGGACCCGCCAGGUGAGUGGUCACUAUACAUCAGCUUUUUUUCACCACUCAUCUGGUGUUUCUCGAUGGGAGCUUCGUGCCAGACACUGUGAUGUUUGCAGCUUUAGGACGUAGGACUUACUAUCCUCAUUUUAAGGACAAGGAAACAGAGGUGCAGAGAGGUCAGGUAACCUGCUGAGUGUCCCUCAGCCUUCCCAGAGCCAGCACAUGAGGUCAGGGUGCCGCUGACACAGCCUUGUCGUGAAGCCGGGCCUGAUGGCCGCUCGGGAGCCCGAGUGCUGGGCGCCGGGUCGGGGUCUGGCCCGGAGCCAUGUGGCGAUGAGAGGCGCAGGGAUGAAGCAGGACACCCGGGGGUGGCUGUGGGUGAUGGAGGGCACCGAAGGGCCGUUCCUGGGACCGGGAGCUGCAGCAGGAGUAGGUCGGAUGCGGGAGACUGACGGUCUAGUGUUGGUGACCUGGGGCUACGGGCCAGGCCAUUCUUAUGUGACGCUGGCGCCUCCGCCGAAGGUCGGUGUCCGAAGGGACACGCAGGUAGCAUGAGGUAGAGGCCGAGCAUCCAGUCAAAGCCCCGGGCGUUCCGGUGUUUACGUCAGAGGGUCUCAGUUGGGGGCGACUGUGCCACACUCCCCGGGGCAUCCGGUAACGUCUGGAACCGGCAGGGGCUACUAGCAUCCGUCCUGGGGGGCCCGGCACAGCCCGCCUACAGCACAGAAUGAUCCGGCCCCAGAUGUCUGUAGUGCUGAGGUUGAGAAACCCUGGUGUGGUCUAGGGACGCGGAUGAGCCAGCAGAGACACAGCCCGUGAGCCCAGAGGACAAUCAGGAACGUGUUCCCAGAAGGGAGCCAAGUGAACCAAGUGUUUCCGGGAGGAAGGAGGGCUCUCUGUGUCACACGAUGUCAGGAGCUUCAGUCCAACGGAGGUGCGGGUUGGGUGGGUUGGGUGGAGGAAGUCUCUAGCAACCUUGAGGGCGGAAGUGAAAGCCAGCUGGAGGGGCUGGACAGAUGCAGGACAGAGAGGGGGAAGGGCUGAGGGGGGCACCGGUCUUUGGAGAGCCUUCACUGCAGUGAGGAGCGGCCAGACGGGGCGAGCAGAGGCGGACCCGAGCCCAGAGCUCGGGUGGGCCCGUGUGGAGUUCUGAGUGCCUAGGAGCCAUUCCUGUGCGUCCCACUGCCCUGCUUCCCUCUGUUGGGGACCAUCCUUGAAAUGCUCCCAACCCAGAGACUUCAUUCUCCACCAUAGGUAGAAAAGAAAACCAGUUUUGUUCAUGAACUAGCGUUAAGCCAGGCUGAGACGCACGCCCGCAAGUAACCCCCUAGGGAGAUGAGCAGACUGGAAAGAGAGCUCACCUUUCUGUAGACCCGUAGGCAAGGAGGAGCCCCACCCCAGGCCACAGUCCAUGGCAGAGCCUGCUGUGAUUUCUGUGUCUUCCACGGAAGUGGGGGACCAGAGCCUGAAUUUGUGGGUCUUCAGCACAGAGUAUGUUUGGGUCCAUAAAAAGAGGGGAACAUGGCUAGAGAUUACUGAGUCUUCAUGAAUCAGAAAUUACACCGAUCUGCAAAAGGAAGUGGCUGGGGCUCAGGUUCAUGGGUCUGAAGGAGAGAUGUGAUAAGGGGAUUAACUGGGUUCCUGAAGAGAGAGUAGUGAUUCCUGGGUCUGAGGGAGGAGGGGCUGG